UCAUGUUCUUUUGAGCAGCAGCAGCGAGCGCGAGGCGAAAUUCGUGCAGGAAAGGAUUGACGUUGUGGAGAAGCAUUUCGCAGAGUUCUGUACGAUGUUCGCAGCUUACACGAGGAAAGCAGCCAGGCUCAGAGAUAAGAACGACGAAGUUGCUAAGACGAUACAAACAUAUGCCAACUCGGAGGAAAUAAAUCGAUCGAUGAGUACGUGCCUCGUGAACUUUGCCAACACACUAUCCAUGAUCGGUGAUUACAGGGAUGCCGAAGUUCAGAGGCUUAAUUCAAAAGUUAUUGGCCCUUUAUCACAAUAUCAAAACGCUUGCAAACGCGCUAAGGACAAUGUUAAGAGUAUCUUUACCGCUCGAGACGAGGAGCUUAAACGUAAACGUCUAUUGGAUAAAAUUCGGGAUGAAAAUCCUAAAAAUCAACAGAAAAUCUCUCAAGCUAAGUCUAACUUAAUGAAGGCAACGGUUGAAGUAUCUCGAGUUGUAAAAGGGCUUGAGGAGCAAAUUGAUUCGUUUGAAAAGCAAAAACUACAUGACUUGAAAAAAAUACUUUUAAAUUUCGUAACGGUGCAGCUUAGCUUUCAUGCGAAGGCUCUGGAACUUUUUACAAAAGCUUAUCAAGACGUCGCAGAAAUUAACGAGGCACAGGAUCUACAAGACUAUCAAAUUACGAGAAGAGAAAUUAAUGGGGAAUUUCGUGGCCUUAUGAAAUCAUCGGAAUCAUUUACAAAAUUAAGCUCUAUUAAACGAUCUGGUUUUCGUCAAGCGCAUUCAUUAAUGAAUUUACAUAAUCAAUUCUCACCUUCGCCGGCAAUUUUAAGAAAACAGAAACUAAACAGAACUACAGAAUCUUUGGAUUCUUCCAAAACUGGUCAUACAAAUUCAUCAGAUUCUGUACAAGUAGAAGAAUUUGAUGAGAGUUCGGAAGAAUCUGAAGAAUCCUCUUCUAUUGAAGAAAAAAAAUCCGUGAGAUCUAGACUUAAAACUAUGUAACUGUAAAUUACUAAUUGAUUGCUUUUUCAUGCUAUUUU